AUGGACACUCUCAAACAGCUUCAGCCAACGUGGAGGCCGUUCGAAGACACCUCAAGUCUGGCAAUUGAACUAUUUCGAGAGUUUGUUAACUCUCACUGUGGACUGAGCCUUGAAAAUGUCUUCGUCCAAGGCUGGACGGGUGCGGCUCUUAUCAGUUCUUCAGAGACUAGUGGCGACAACGAAGCGAUCACGACAUGGGAUCAACUCAAAUGUCAUGUAUCUAAGGUUGCCAAUGCUCUCCGGGCAUCCCAUGUCGGAAAAGGUGACAUUGUGGCUUAUAUUGGAGCCAACACGCCAUAUCCUAUAUUUGUCUUCCUAGCAGCAGCCUCAAUCGGAGCAAUUUUUACCUCUUUGGCUCCAGACAUGGGAGAGAAGGCAAUCAUUGAUCGACUCAUUCAAGUGCGACCGAAAAUGCUUUUUGCUGAUAAUGCAUACCAAUACAAAGGUAAGUUAUACACAUGCAUGACCAAACUUUCGAAUGUGGUCCGCAAGUUGCGACAAGAGGCCAGUUUGCAGCAUGCAGUCAUGAUGGUCAAUGUCAGAGGAAUCGAGUCAGACGCUACCAGAGUGAAUGGGGAGUGUUUCCUGUCAAGUGGGACCGAUAGUCCACUAGUUUUUGAGCAAGUGCCAUUCCAGCACCCUAUGCUCAUCCUGUUCAGUUCCGGAACAACGGGAGCACCCAAGGGAAUGGGAGUUCUUGUCAACCUCAAGAAAGAGCACGUUCUUCAUAACAACUUGGGCACAGAAGACAGGUAUUAUCAUUAUUCAAACAUCGGUUGGGCUAUGUGGAAUAUCUUCUUGGGAGGGAUGCUAGCCGGCGCAACGCUCAUUCUUUAUGACGGAUCACCGUUCUACCCAAGCCCAGAGAGACAUAUUAAGUCUAUUAUAUCACUUGGUGAUAGGGCCACGGUUUUUGGUGGAAGUCCCCGUUACUUUGCAGAACUCAUGAAAUUAAAUGUGAUCCCAAGGAAAUUUGCCGACAUGAGUAAAGUCCGAUUAGUGCACAGUACUGGAGCAGUCCUGAGUGCGGAUAUUUGGGCAUGGAUGGCCGAUGCAUUCAACGGAGCACCCAUUAUUUCGUUUUCAGGAGGCACGGAAAUCUGCGGCUCGUUUCUUCAUGGCACUUUGGUGCAUCCGCAAUAUCCAGGCGAAAUCACUGUCAAAGCCCUCGGAAUAGACGUAGAUAUAUAUGAUGAACAGGGAGAAAGCUGCAGACCCGGCAUAGCAGGUGAAUUAGUCAUUAAGAAGCCAUUUCCAAAUGCUGCUGUGUUCUUUUGGAAUGACCAAGACGGCUCACGAUACCACUCGUCAUACUUCGAAACUCACCCUGGCGUUUGGACGCACGGUGAUUUUGCCAAGGUGAACCAUGCUACCCAUGGAAUUAUCAUGUUGGGAAGAAGUGACGGAGUCCUUAACCCUUCGGGGGUGAGGUUCGGCUCUUCUGAGAUUUAUUCCGCCAUAUCCUCAUUCAGCGAGAUCAUUGAAGACAGUCUCUGCGUUGGUCAAAAAAUUGAUGGCCAAGACGAGCGUGUUCUACUCUUUCUUCAGAUGUGUCCUAUGGUUGCACUCACUGAAAAUAUUAAAGAAAGAAUCCGUGGACACAUAGCUGAGACACUGAGCCCCCGGCAUGUUCCCCACCGCAUAAUUUCUGUUCCGAGUAUUCCGUACAAUGUGAACGGGAAAAAGUUGGAAGUGCUUGUCAAACACGUCCUAUCCGGUGGAGUGGUUGAUGCCCGCACCAAAAGCACUUUAGCUGAGGAGGGCAGCUUGGAUUUCUUCACGCAAUUUGUGGACGAUGGGGUCAAUGUGGAAUUGAGAAAGGCUAAGCUGUAG